AAGUCAUAUCUGUCUAUCAAAUCUUCUCUGCUUCUACAGUAAACUGAAAGUGUGGUGUGAGAUGUCAUGAUCUGUGUUGUGUGUUCAGCUGUGAUGAUCGCGUGACCUGCUUUCAUAAUUGUAGUGUAUUCUUGCAUGUUGCUUCAAAGUGAUUCUCACACUUUUUGCUCUCACUUGUGAAGCGGUAAGUGUAUUUUUAAAUUUGAUUAAAUUUGUUCCAUUUGUUUGCAAAAUCUUCUGUAUUUUGCCAACACAGUGAUAUUUACCAUGCAAAGCGCUUUUUUUUAUUUAAAUAUAAUUUUUUAGCUUUUUUUUUUGCUUUUUUUUGCUUAGUGGACUUUGAUAUUCUUCAGGAAGACAACACAAUUUUUUUUUUUUAGAAUGAUGGUCUCAGGAGCCCAAUGUAAUUUCUGACACCUCAAACACAUGACCACACAGGAACAAGCAGACAACAGCCUUCUAGAGAAUUAACUAUUGUGAGCAUAUGAGGAAGCUUCAUGCAUUCUCAUUUAAAGACUCCUUUAAAGACAGGAUUUACAGCAAGGUAUUGGUUGUUUACCGAUCACACUUUUCUUUAGGCAUGUAUCGGCUGUGCAGUGUCUUUUUGCUCUUUGUCACAGCCUCAAUCGGGAGUGCACCUGACUUGGAACCUUUACACGUCCAUCUGAAACCAACAAAAGACAUUAAAGUUUGUGAAGGGGGUUCAGUCCAAAUGAACUGCACUUGGAAUGUACCUGAAAAUGGGAGCAUGUCUGAUAAAGUGAGCUGGCACUUUAGUAACAUCACAGAAAAAGAUGAAUGUAACUCACGCACGAUAUCCAAAGAAAUAUCCUUCUUCAAUAACAAGACUUACAAUUUGUCCGUGCUCAACAAAUCUUCCAUCAGGACUGAUGAGAGUGGAUGGUACUUCUGCAAAGUUACCAGAGACAUUCCUUUACUCAUAAACAAUUGCAGUAAUGGACUUCAUGUUCUGGUUGAAGCAAACCCUAUCCAGUAUAACCCUGAACUCAACAGCACCUCGGGUCUGAAUCAGACUUCAACUCAAGACCAGACUACCACUGUAUCCACAAUAUGUUCUUCCAGUGCUGAAACUCCCAAAUCAUCGAAACUUUUCUUUGGUCAGUGGUGGAUAUGGGUAGCAGUGGCUGUCGGAUUUUCUGUAAUAAUAGUGUCCGUUAUCGCCAAAUGUACGUUAUCGUACAGAACUAAAGAGGUCAUUUAUGAAAAUACCAUACCGAGAAAAGCACGCUGCGGGAGACGGGAUCAGAGUCAGAUAGACGGAUGCAACCUCCCCCCGUCCAAAAAAGUAGAAACUAUUAAACCGCUGAGGAAAUAUGACACGCUUUCACAAAACAGAAUCCGCAAUCAAUAUUGAAGACUGAUUGAUUUCAUUGGGUUUGGAACUAAACUCUGGAGGACAUUGGACCAAAAGACCAGAGUUGAAUUGUCCUUUUAGGUGUUCAAACCAUAAUAUAUUUACUGUAUUUAAUGAUGUAAUGUAGCAUUUCCCACUACAUGGAAAGCUGUAGAUACAUUUUUUGUUUGUAAUGUACAAAUGUAAUUUAAACGCUGUAUUUGUUAAUUUUUCCAAUGUUAAAAAUAGGAAGAACAGCAUCAUUCACACAAAGAUAAAAGUUAUGUCAUUAUUUUGUCAUCUUGAAAUCCUUAAUAAGACUCAUUCGGCUGUGAAACACAAAAGAAGAUAUUUUGAGAAAUGUCUCAGUGGUUUGUGUCCAUACAAUGGAAAUCAACGGGGACCCAUGUUGUUUGGUUACCAACAUUUUUCAAAAUAUCUUCUUUUGUGUUCUGCAGAAGAAAGUCAUACAGGUUUGAAAUGACAUGAAUGUGAUUAUAUGAUGAAAUACAUCUUUGGGUCAACAGGUUCUAACCAAUGGUGUGGGUUGUCUGUUUAACCAAUUACAAAAAAGAGGUGUGUCCGGAAAACCUUGUCAUUAUUCAAGUUCAGAAUUAUUCACCUCUAGUGACAAUUGGUGAAAACAUUUCUUGUUUGACUUUCAGUUGUAUCAUAUUGAAACAUUCUGUGGUUAUAAAUAAACGUUAAAAUCAUCUUAAGUGACACGCUUUUCCUUUUUCAUCUUUUCAGGAUUCUCACAGCUGUCAUUCUUUUCUUGAUUAAAGCCUAAAAGACUUUAUCAGCUACAUCCACAGCCCUUAAAAUAAACACAAUUUAUUAGCUACACUGACAGCACAACAUCAGUGGUUUCUUUCUACUAUGAAAUCUGAUAUGAGAAAUCUUUUUACCAGAAUAUGGUCACCAUGAAUAGAUAGCAAAACACACAGCUUUACAGGAGCAAACAAAGUUUUUGACAGUACGUUUUGUUUGUGGGUUUGAUUCUUAGCACAUGCUUUUAUAAAUGGUUAUAAUGAUGUUUUUGAGUGGGGUUGGGGUUAAACUUUACAGGCCACUGGCACUUUACAUGACCUCACUGUUAUCUUGAUAUUUGAUGUGUAUCUUUAAAGGAUCAAAAACCGCUGAGAAAAACAACAUUGUUGCAGGUGAAUUUAAUGCAAGAACACGGUGAUUGGAUACUGUAAGACUUACAAAGCUGGAAUGUUUAGGCAAUUCAAUUUGAAGAGAUAGUUUAGGCAAAAAUGUAAAAAAGUAUUUCAUCAUCUAUUGAUACUCAUGUCAUUCUAAACAGCCCAAAACUAUGAUUUUGUUUAUGGUGAGAUUAACAGUCACAUGUUAUUAGAUUUAGAUUGGAUUAAGAUUGGAAUAGCGCCAUCAUCUGAUUGUAUAACAGCAGUGCGGCUGUUCAUUCAUCAGCACUCAUUACAUCCAACCUAAAGGAAAACUCUGAAAAGUUACCAGAAAUGACACUAGUACACCAUAAAUGGGAAAAUCAAAUCAAAUCUGUUAAAAUUAAUCUAAAUGUUAACUGUUAAAUGCCCUAGUUGAUUCUAUAAACAGAUGUAGAACUAAACAUUUGCCAUAACCUACACUUCCACAGGUAGUUUUGUCAAUCUAUAAAACUGCUUAAAAGUUUGAGAUCACUUACUUUUUCUUUAUUGAUAUUUUUCCACAGUUUAGAAUAGCGGUAAACCCAAAUGUGACUUUGGAAAUUAUGCGGUGUGACUAUUAAAGGGACAGUAAAUCUCAGUCUCAAAUUGUUCCAAAUCUGUGACUUGGUGAGAUAUGCCAAGGACCGUGAAGAGCUCAUGGGCCCAACCAAGCUCGAACCACCUGCCCGGUUGCCUCCGUCCCAGAGUAUUGCACCUUGGGUGUCAUGUCCUUGGAGGAUCCAUCCCUGCCAACAUUGACUCCUGAGAGCCCGGCCCCAGGCAUCAGUCUUCGUGGAAAACGAGGGAGAAGAGUCAGACACCUACCAGUGGGGCAGUCGGGUGUUGGUCUACUCCCCCUGAGACAGCCAACCCAUCUGCAGUCCUGCCAGAGGCCGUCAUGACAAACUCUGUGUACCCUGAGUCAUCAGUCUCUGCGGGAACUCGUUCUGAGAAUGGGAAGCGGUGACCUGACAAGAGCUAACAGGAUAGAGCUGGAAAAAGGACGCGACAACUUUGUUUUUCCUACAACAUUUCAAGUGCUAUUAGAUUGUUAAUGAUAAUCUUAAAUCCUUAAUUUUUAUAUUUUUAUUAAGCCUUGUUGUGCAAGCACUGUUGAGCUUGUGCAGAGGCAGCAGCUUUUGCCAGAGGGGAACUGGAAUCCCCUGGUUGGGCCUGGGUUCCCCGAGGUUUUUUUUUUCUCUAUGGGAGUUUUGGGUUCCUCACCACCGUUUGCAUAUUGUUUUGCACUAUCUGCCUGGCCGGGGGGGCUGCUUUAGAAUUCAUACUUGUAUUAAAUGUGUCUCGUGUACAGCUGCUUUGUAACAAUGAAAAUUGUAAAAAGCGCUAUAUAAAUAAAGUUGAGUUGAGUUCCAGUAGGAAGAGGAGGAAGAAGGGACCUCCCGCUCCAGAGCCACAGUCCAUUCAUGAGUCUGUUUCGGAGCAACAGUCCGCCCCUGAGCCCGUUCGGGAGUCUCAGCCUCCAGCCUCCCCUGUGCCGGCCACUGAGCCCCCUCCAGCCUCCCUAGUGCCAGGUCACCCUGUUCCUUAGCUAAGUCCCCUGAUACAGACUCUGUGUCCUCCCUGGACCUCCCCCAGGCUAUGGCUACCCUACCUUUGCUUCCCCUGUUUUUCUUGGACCUUUCCUGCCUCAGCCAUUUCCCUCUGUUUUGCACUUGCCCUUAUUGCCCACCCCCCAGUAACUACCCCUCCAUCCGUGCCCUUAGCCAAGCCUGCCUUUCCCAAGUCCCUUUCUAAAUCUGCUUGGACUCGCCACCCUCAAUCUUUUGCUAAACCCCCUGGUUAAUUGACUCUGUUACCCACCCUGCCCUUAUGAACUUUGUUGUCCCCCGUUGCUUUUGUUUGGUUUUGUUUCACCCCACCCCUUUAUUAUGUACUCUUGUUUGCCCUUGUUAUUAUUAAUCUGUUUAUUAUUAAUUAGCUCUUACAAUCCUGCUUCAUUCAGUCUUUUUUUUCUAGUCUUGUGUCUGGAUCGUGACAGACCCAUGUGUUUUGUGUGGAAGCACAUGGCCAUUGUUUGUUUUUGAAGUGCCUGUCUCCUCUCCUGACCCCGCCCCCUUGUUUCCUCAUUAAUUAUCUUGUCAUUGUUUCAUGCUUGUCACCUGUUGCUCUCAUCAUUUGCUCCCUAUUUAAUAUCCUUGUGUUUGCUGUCUUGUGCCGGUUCAUUUGGUAUGAAUCUGUAUUACGGGGUGUCAUUUAAAGUUCCUUUGAAGUAAAGUCAGUCCAUAUCUAGUCAAGUUUUUGUCAAGUUUAUUGGUCUAGUCUUGUCUGUUUAUUGUAUUUUUGUCAAGCCACUUGUUGUUUUACCCUCUCUUGGGUUCUGCUCUCCCAUUUUUGUGUCGAUAAAAUCCUUGUGUAACCGC